UACUAUUAGCUACACACUUUGUUGAAUAUAAAAAUCCGGUUGGAAUUAUACGCCAGAUUUGGGAAUUAGAUACAAUUUUCUUGUUGGUUUGCACUAUCAUUACAACCUUGAGAAUACAACGCGUCGUUUGAGACAUAAAUGGUUUUGUUUGUUUCUGAUUUCGUGGAGUACAAGCGAUUAUUAUUCAGCAUUCGAUAAGCGUGAUACGCCAUUUUCACCCUGGCCUGGGAUUUUCUUCUCGUCUCGUAGUGGAAUAUAUUUUGGUUUGCUUUAUUAGGAUUAUUUUCUCUAAUGUCGGAGUUAAACAGCUGACACAGCAUGAGCUUCAGCAGUGAUGAAGUAAACUUCCUAGUCUAUAGAUACCUACAGGAAUCGGGGUUUGCCCAUUCCGCGUAUACCUUUGGCAUCGAAAGUCACAUCAGCCAGUCCAAUAUUAAUGGUGCUCUUGUCCCACCCGCAGCAUUACUCAAUAUCAUACAGAAAGGCUUGCAGUAUACUGAGGCCGAAAUCAGUAUUGGUGAGGAUGGUGCGGAGAGAGUUAUCGAAUCACUGUCCCUGAUAGACGCAGUGAUGCCAGACGUGGUCGAGUCGAGAAAACAGGCAGCGCAGAAACAGAGCCAAAUAAAAAACGAACCGAAUAAUACGAAUGGCGAGGAGAGUGCGCAUUCUUUAACAAACCAUAACGAUGCCAUGGAAAUUGAUGGAACGUUAGAAAUUCCUAGUAGUAAAGCAACGGUCUUACGGGGCCAUGAAUCAGAAGUGUUCAUAUGUGCUUGGAAUCCCACAAAUGAUUUGCUUGCAUCAGGCUCUGGGGAUUCAACGGCGCGGAUUUGGAACAUGAACGAUAACAGUAAUAGUGCUAAUCAGUUGGUGUUACGUCACUGUAUACAAAAAGGCGGAACAGAAGUACCGAGUAAUAAAGAUGUCACGUCAUUAGACUGGAAUUGUGAUGGGACGUUAUUAGCAACGGGUUCUUACGAUGGUUUUGCAAGAAUAUGGAGUACGGACGGCCGUCUAGUUAGUACAUUAGGGCAACAUAAAGGUCCGAUUUUUGCUUUAAAAUGGAAUAAAAAAGGAAAUUAUAUUCUAAGUGCAGGGGUAGAUAAGACGACAAUAAUAUGGGAUGCCAGUUCCGGGCACUGUACGCAGCAGUUUGCUUUCCAUUCUGCCCCUGCGCUGGACGUAGAUUGGCAGAGCAACCAGAGCUUUGCUUCGUGUUCUACCGACCAGUGUAUACAUGUAUGUAAACUAGGUGUAGAUAAGCCUAUCAAGACAUUCCAGGGACACACGAAUGAAGUGAAUGCCAUCAAGUGGGACCCACAAGGCAAUUUCCUGGCUUCUUGUUCAGACGAUAUGACGUUAAAGAUAUGGAGCAUGAAACAAGAUGGGUGUUUGCACGACCUGCAGGCACACAGUAAGGAAAUCUACACAAUCAAGUGGAGUCCGACGGGCCCAGGAACGAUUAACCCUAGCGCACCUCUCAUCUUAGCCAGUGCUUCAUUUGAUUCCACAGUGCGAUUGUGGGACGUCGAACGGGGCAUGUGCAUACAUACAUUAACAAAACAUCAGGAACCCGUCUACAGUGUUGCAUUUAGUCCGGACGGGAAGUUCCUUGCCAGCGGCUCAUUUGACAAGUGUGUCCAUAUAUGGAAUGUACAGUCUGGUUCAUUAGUACAUAGUUACCGUGGUACGGGCGGCAUAUUUGAGGUUUGCUGGAAUCAUCGGGGAGACAAAGUUGGAGCCAGUGCAUCAGACGGUUCUGUGGUGGUCCUUGAUCUUAGGAAGUAGUAAUGGUCUACCUCAUCACGUGGUUAUAAAUAGACACAUGUCAUCUCGGCCGAGAGAUGACGUGGCGUCGCCGUAUUCCUACAGCGGACUCCCGACCGAGGCGCCAUGACGCGUGCUGGUCGAAGUCAAGGUCACGCGGGCGUAGGAAGGCGAGUCUUAGACGAAGUCGUUUUCUGAUCGGACCAGGACCAUAGUCCGGUUGGUGACAUGAUCGAGAUCAGGGACAGGACUGGAGAUGGUUUAAAAAAUGGCCACUUUGGGUUCUUUUUGAUUUGAGGUCAGCAGCACGGAGGAUAUUGGAGUUUUAGGCAGCAGACCAAGAGCAUGCCUUUUCCGUUUGGUUACGCAGAGCAGGAUUUGUGGGGUGUCGGAAAAUGGACUUGAGAUAUUUGAAACAUUACCAGUGGUGAACUUUCUGUGCGAAGUUUUUAUGUCCCUGAAAUAUUAUGUUGAGGCUUGUGUUCUUGAAACGAAAUCUGAAGCAGUCUUUGUUUUCGACAUAUGGCAAUAUAUUGACAGGUAACUUCUUGAAAUUUAGUAAGAAAUUUGAUAGGUGACAGUGGGGGGUGGUAAAGAAAAACAAGUCUUGGUGUUCUGAAGUAAUUGUAAUUGCGAGGGUUUGUCAUAGGUGGCGUUGCUGUGUUACAUGUGGGCAUUUGUUUUGACAAAAAAUUGAGGCCGUAGCAAAUAAAUUCAGUGUUUCAAGUCCAAUAAGAUGAUGGCUCGGAAAAGAAUUUCAGGCACAUGAUUUGUUUGUGAUAUAGUCUGUGUAGGAUCAGGAAGUUGAAAUGUACACUGGUUCUGAACAUGGCCAUUGGAAUAUCAUUAAUGGCAGGAUGAAGGUUGUUUAAAAGUCGCUUGAUCAACUUCAACUUCAGUAAAUUUCAACAGAAAAAUGACGACACAAAAUAAUUCUAAUAGUACACACUGGUAGUUUCAUUUCAAUAGGGGGUUGAUAUACCAGUAAGCGGCGAUGAUUUUCACUAGCGAUGUGUGUCAAAAGAUAUCAAAACUCUUAACGAAAUCGACAUCAUGUCUCUUGUCACAACAAUGCAUACCCUAUUGACAGUCAGUGCUACUACGCGAAGGCCGUGGGUUCACUGACUGAGGCAUGAUGUCACUGUUUUUGAGGAGUUCUGUUUGACUUUUGCGAGGUCUGCGUUGGUCCGGAAAGGCUGAUGAGGGUAUGGGUUGACAUGUUACGAUUUUUGAGAAGUUAGUAGGUGUGUGCACUCAAAGGAUGAGAACUCGUAAACUCAGUUUAAGCUUUUACAUGAUCUAGGAGGGAGCUUAUGUGUCCCAGAUUGAAAGCUCCGACUCUGAUUUGUAUACUUUUUGAUGGCUGAGGGUUCGAGUGACGAAGUUAUUCGAAGUAAGGGAAAGAGAAGGCUUGUCUUGGUGCCAACGAAUGUUCUUUAGAAAUCAUGAAGUUUUUGUAUCGAGGAAUAAACCAUUCACCAUUACGAAGCGACAGGACGAGAUUUUCAAUGGCUACAUACUUGGUCUACGCGUUGACUGUGUCCAUGUUACAAGACGUGGUCAAGGUUUUCAAUUUCAUGUGUCCCUCGGAACACAUUUUAAAAAUGUCACUUAACCCUUUGAGGCCAGUUCGAGUCGCAAAGCCAACAUCUAUAGAAUUCUGUUUAUCAAGGCAUUCUGAUUCUAAAAAUGGAAAAGUUGAGAAAAGAUAAAUUCCUGACAUUAGAAAAUUGAAUUAUCACAGAAAAAUCUUGGCCAAUUUAUUGAUUUAAAAUGCACAGCCUCAAAGGGUUAAACUGAUGUCAUAGGGUAAUGAAUCAGGUACAAAAAUGUAGCACUAGGGCCUCCUAAUUUUGCCCAACGACAAAUGGUUUGUUCGCUUUCCCUUGGUCUGUUUUUGCCUCUAUUUUUUCACUGUUUGUAAAUUCAUUUUGAUAAAGUUGUGUUAAUUGAAUUAUGUAUGUGCAGGGACUUGAUGCUGUUACAUGCUACAAUGAUUCCCUGUUUCUACGAGGCUUAUCUCCACAUAAGCAAUUCACGCACAAGGUUGGUUCAUGGCAGUGUGGCGUAGAAAAUGAUGGCCUUCUGUGUGAUAUGCGGGAUGAAUAGCUUAUGUGGAGAUGAGCCUUCGGUGAAAAGGGGCUCCAUAAGUCUGAUUGUUAGUGGGCUGCUUUUGACAGUUGUUUCUUUCAGUGGGUAUCCGAGUUCAAAAUGAGGAGUGGAAAAAAAUCAUGAAUAAAUCUUAUUGGUGAAAGAUUACAGAAAUUUGCAGUUCCUGAUAUUUUUUGUUGUAUCUGAUAAACCCUCUGUAAUUACUGCUAAUCUCAACAUGUUACUACACAAUGUCAAUAAGGGAAUUAUUUGCUAAGUUAGCCUAGCUUUGAUUAGCGAUAUUUAACUGGAAAACAUUGCCUGCUAGCCAUGGGUAAAAUUAAAGAUCUUUGAGUACCCAGAGGGCCCCUGAAUAUUGUUGAUGGAACAUUACAAGGCAUGCCCCUGCCCCUUCACUUCUAGUAUCCAAGAAAUAACACUACAAGACUUCUUGUAACAUGGUUAUUAAUGUGAGAGUUGUACCCUAGGUGGCACUAGUUGUCCCAAGUGGUGAUGUUCGUACACUUGCCGUAGUAUCACAAUCUCCGUCGUAAACAAACCACACUUUUGGGUGGUUGGAUGUAAGUGUGGGAAUCAAGGUGUGCAUGUAGAUGUUUUCGACUGAAUUGCCCUCUCUGGAAGUGUUUCUGUACAAGUCAUUGAAAUAUCAUAAAUUAGCAUUUGAUUUUGAUACUUUUAAAGUGAUACAAUUGGUUCUCUUGACGAGCUUUGGAUGAUCAGCAUUCGAGAGUGGGUGAUUUUGUCAUAAUCAAAUAUACAGCCGCAUUAAAAUUAUUUACCGCCAAUUUUUUGUGCGUGUUCUAUUUUCCACGAUUUCACAAACAGCUUCCAAUUAUCAUAAAAAAAUGAAAAUUGCAAGAAAAAAUUUUUUGAUGGGAAAUUGAAAGAACCCUCUCAUCUGCAUGGCCCUUUGAUUCCUGCUGGAAAGCACACACUUAAGUCAAAAAUAGCACACUCCCCACUAAUACUCGUCAAGAGUUUUAUGAAUGGGAUGAGUUCGAUGUUUUUGUGUUCUGCAUGGCUCGAUGAAGUUUUGAGUUCAGUGGGUAUAGAUAGUCACAUGGUUGGUUCGAUAAAGUCAUGUGACUGUCACGUGACAUGCCAGUGUGAUGUUUUCAUAUUUACUGUCCAGAUCGUGAUUAUUAUGAACUAGUUUUGAAGUUUUGAUUGGUUCUGCAAAGUUUUGGACUAGUUUCGAGCAAGUUUGAACACGCUUCAAGCUAGUUUGAACUAGUGUUUUGAACAGAUUUGAACAAGUUUCAAACAAGUUUGAACAGUCAAACAAGUUUGAACUGGUGUUUUGAACAGGUUUAAACUACAUGUAGUUUCAAGCAAGUUUGAACGAAUGUUUCCUGAACAGGUUUGAACUAGUUUCAGACAAGUUUGAAGAGGAGUCUUCUUCUGCUGAAAAUGAGAGAGUUCAUAUAAUAGUUACAAGUUUUUAACUUCUGGGACUGGAGCAUAUUAGCUCAUGUUGUUGCAAUCUCACAUGUGCAUUGAUGUAACUAAAAUUUGAACUUAUUUGGAGCAGUUCCAAACUGAAUUUGAACUUUUGUUAAACAAUUUCAAUCCGAGUUCAAACUUGUUUGGAAAGACUUCAAGCUUGUUGUCUCCUUCUUUAACUAGUUAACAGAUAGAUUUUCAACCGUAUCAGGGAUCUAGCGAGAGACUUUGUUUUCACUAUGUGUACAGUUAUAAACAUUGAAGUGAUGACAAACUUUUUUAUGUACCACCCUUUAAAGGACUGGGGAUACCAAAUGCGGAAUAGAGAAUUGUAGUAAUAAAAAUCGUCCUAAUUUUGAAAUUGUCGUUCCUGGUAAUAAAUUCCUUGAAUUGAAGUUCAAUUGGAUACUGAUGAAUCAUGAUCAUAGCGCUAUAAAAUCACAGCCAAAUGUGCUUUCGGUUGGCCAAACUAUGAAGUUUGAUCCAGAGAAGAGACCUGAAAAAGUAAUAUUCGUCAGUUCAAUGAAUAUUGUCAUCAAAGGGGAAUUUAUAUAACCAGCGCUUUAGCAUGCUCUAACCAAUUUUACAGCCCACGAAAUUGUACUUUCUCAUAUCCUGUUAAGUCUGGCUAGGAUCAGUUGGCUAGGUUCGGCCUGAUGAUUAUGUUGACAACAGGAUUCCAUUCAGAAACUUGCGUAUGGGAAUGAAUUCCAUAGAGUGAUGACUUAGUGGUGAAUGAAUUGCCUAGAGAUGCAGGACGGGCAUUGAUUUGCUCUGACAAAAUUCCCUUUGAGAUCUUUUUGUCACAGUUUUGUGUAUUGGUCAUGCAUCUCAUAAGAAUAAGUUACAAAUUUUUUAUCUGUUCUGAAGCCAACAGCAUUAGUAUCCAAUUGAGAACUUUUCCCUAGCGUUGUGGUGCGACAACUGACGCAGAUAUUCUGGUCCCUGGAGAAUGUAUCCUGAUAAUCUCCAUUGGUACACCCCCCUCACAUUCACACUGAACUCCUCAGUCCUAAAGGUGGCUCGUAUUAAAUACUGUAAAUGUAGCAAUGCCACGUUGAUCAACCACUGGUUUUGAAGUGGCAUUUUUAGUACGCUAAUUAAAUAUGUGUUCGCUUCCAUCCCACUCAGUUCUGGCGGACAGAAAGAGACGUGAAUACUUCCUCUACAGGGUGAUUCAAUAGCGCUGCGCCAAAUUCACUUUGUCUAUUUUAAGCUCAAGAGGUUAUAAGAUCAAGAUGUUAUGACGCAAAGUCCAUGUUUGACAAAUCGUUUCCAGUAAAGUCUAAACUUGGUUGUGACUAGCAAAAUUGGCGCCUUCCCCUAGAGAUAUUUCGGAGAACUUAAGUUGCACCAUUCAAGGAUAGUUCCCAACUUUACAAGAAUCUGGGCAGUAUGUCAGCUUACUGAGCUGGCCCUGGAUGACCCUGGGAAAGGGGUAAAUUGGGAUACUGGUUCCCCAGGGUGCAGAAAUUGUGACACUAGCCUAGAUAAUGGGUGAUAUGAAUAAAGACUAGCAAAUGCUUUUACUUCAAUUUUGUACAGAAAGGCCUAGUGUAAAUGUACAUGGAGUUUUAGAUAAAAGCAUUUGCUAGUCUUUAUUCAUAUCACCGAAUGGCACAGAACCCUCUUUUUGGGAGGCUGAGUGAGAUGGAAGCAACCUUUUGAUGACCUAUGUGGAAUGCUAAAAACUUGAGACAAUGUUUAGAUAUUGUUGAAUUCUUUUGUACUUUCUUGGGGCAGAACAUUUCAUCAUUGGGGUCCUUCGUAAACAUUCACUAAACCUGUGGUUGAAUUCACUUAAAUUGUCUUUAGGUUUAGUUUAUUUGCUUAUUUCGUAUUGCAAACUUCACGCACAGAAAUUGGUGGUCUCAAUCAUUUGUUGAAUGGACUCUACUUGGAUUUACAGAUGCUUUUUGACCUUAUCUUGUGUCUUGAUUUUGAGUUUAGCCAAAGAUUAUAAGUAGGAUUUAUGUUCUUAUCCCAGUGCUCUAAUUUAUCAAAUUUUCUCUUCGAUAAAUUGAUCCUUUUUCAUCCAAGUUUUAUUGAUACAAAUCACCUUGGUAUCCCAUUGCACUUUCUGUAGUGACAGGCGUGCUAAUUUCCUCAGUGAUAGCAAUCAUUUCACAUGCUUCCUACUCUAGAAAAAAGAGUGCUGUUGUUAAGCAUAUAUGUAAGAACAGAAACUUAUCUUUAAACAGAUAAAUUUUGAAUUUGAUUCACCAAUAAAAUAUACUUGAAUAUUAUUAACAUUUCAUGGUCCUUGAACUUCAAUGUGGGAGAAAAAUAUCGCAGUUUGGAUGAGAAAUUUUGGGUCUCGGCUUAGAUAUUUUUUCGUCUUUUCUUGUUAAUUGUAAUUCUUGCCCAAAUUAGCAUAGAUAGCUUUCUGAGGAAUUUUAGCAUUCAGUCGUAGAAGAUGUUCAGCCGCAGGGUAGUGAAUUGUGGGAAGGAAUGUACCCAGUGACCUCGCAAAAUUUUGAGCUGGGUUAAUUUCUUUGUAAGGUACAUUAAACAUCUGAAUAAAUUGCUAUAUUUUGAUAAUACAUCA